CCUCCCCCCAUUCCCAUGCCAAAACAGCGACGCAGGCCCCCGAGCUCUCCCUCAGCAGCGGGGUGGGCGCGGAGGGCCUGCGCGCCGCUGCGCCGUUUCCCCCGAUUCCGGACGCCGCCAGUCAUGUCUGAGAAAGACAGUGGUGAAAAUCUGAAAGAAGAAACCUCUUACAAAGAUGAAAAUGAACAGAAAGCAGAGGAACUUGGCUGCACUGACAGCACUGAAGAGCAAGAGCUUGAGCCUGUGCCUAUGACUCGGAAAAGACCUGAACUCAAACCCCCAAGCCAGCCUGCUGCCACAGAAGAGCCCGCAGCUGAAAGCCUCAUGGUCUCAGAUUCUCCUGCUGCAGUUCAGACAGGAUGGGGGUACUGGGGAAGCUGGGGGAAAUCUCUUCUGUCAACUGCCUCUGCUACUGUAGCUACUGUAGGUCAAGGUAUUUCAAAUGUCAUAGAAAAAGCAGAAACAACCCUUGGGAUCCCCAGUCCUAGUGAAAUCUCUUCAGAGGCCAGAGAUGCUACAAGAGGAAGCGAGAAUCCUGGUGCUGGCAGCACAGAUGCGGUUGAUGACGGCAGUUCCUUUCCUAUUGCUGGGGCUCUUGGAGUUUUAUCAACCAUCUCUACUGCUGUCCAAAGCACAGGGAAAAGUGUUAUCAGUGGAGGUCUGGAUGCCUUGGAAUUCAUCGGGAAAAAGACAAUGGAUGUAAUAGCUGAGGGAGACCCUGGGUUCAAAAAAACAAAGGGCCUAAUGAACAGAAACUCUACGUUAUCUCAGGUCUUACGAGAGGCAAAGGAGAAAGAAGAGCAGCAGACAGCUACUGAGGUUACCAUGGCUACAGAGAAGAAAGCCCAUUAUGGGUUACUGUUUGAUGAAUUUCAGGGUCUUUCGCAUCUGGAGGCCUUAGAGAUGCUUUCCAGAGAGAGUGAAUCAAAGGUGAAAUCAGUUCUAAACACCUUGUCUGGAGAAGUAUUGGACACACUGAAGGAGGAAAUGCAGCAACUCAAAGAAGCAUUUUCUUUACCUGAAUUCUUUGAAGAAGAAGAAGAAGAAAGGAAGGGAGACGAGGAGUUCACAAAAGAAGUAACAGAGUUGUUUUCAGAAUUGCGUAUCUCCUCAAAGCCAGACAAACUGAUCAUGGUGAGGACAUCUGCUCAUGAAUGGAUAGCACGAUUCAACAGUAGUCUUCCUAAAGAAGAAAAAGAGAGUGAAGAAAACCAAGAAGUAGAAUCCAGAGAUGGUGACCAUGAUGCUAAAAUAUCAGUAGAGGACAUUCAUGCGUUUGCCAUAAGAAGUCUGGCUGAACUGACAGCAUGCUCCAUUGAAAUGUUUCACAAAACUGCAGCUUUGUUUCUACAUGGUCAGAAGCAAGAGGUGACAGCCACAGACAGAGCCAAGUCCCUUUCACAAAUGACGAUUCUGCUGUGUAAAGAACUGUCAACUUUCUCUAAAGAGUUUACUACGUGCUUAACAACUGCAGGGGUCAAAGAGAAAGCAGAUGUGCUUAAUCCCUUAAUCACUGGAGUGUUUUUGGAGGCUUCAAACAGUGCUUCGUAUAUCCAAGAUGCCUUCCAGCUCUUGCUGCCUGUACUGCAGAUCUCUCUUAUUGAGGCUAGAACGGAACUAUCACAAGUGCUUGCUCCAGCGUGAGCUGGGAAAAUGCUGAUUGGGCCCGAAGAAUGUGGGUACUUCGCUUUAUAGCAAUAAAUGAGAACUGGCUAAAAGGGAUUGAUUUGUGUUUGGGCAAUUUAAUGAGAGAAUUUAGCAGGAGGAUUCCCCUUCUUCAAUGCAGCUUGACGUAUCGGCCACAGACUGUUCACAAACUCGAAUUACUGCUUUUCUCCUCUUCCUGUGUAAAAAACGUUAUAAAGCGAUGCUCCUUCUUGGAAGGUAUAUUAAUGUAGGGGGAGAGGAAGCAAUUUGGUUCUGUUAGCGGGAGUUCUGAUUUGUCUCAGAAGCUGCUCCACGUAUAGUAUCUGUUUCUUUGUGCUGUGAAAGUUCCCUGCUUUGUUCCUUUCUGCAAUUUCUAUCUUUUGAGCCUGCCCAUUGGGAGGGAGCAGCCUCUGUGGGAAUCACAAGAGCAGAAAUGCACAGCCAAAAUGGAUCUCUUCAAGAAGUUCAGAAUAGCUAACCAGAGGUGACUGAGUGUCACACCUGCAUCUGUACUUGCUCAUUGGUAACAAUGAUGCUCAAAUCCCAUUUGGAAAAUCCUCUGGGUUUUUUAGCAGGUCUUGCACAUUUCUGCUGUACUGAAGGUUUAACAUUCCUCUGCUCUAUUUGUGCAGUAGAGAAGUGUUUUUAUUAUUAGAAUAUCUUUUGGUUAAUGCUCCUCUGAUUUUAUAUAUAUGGAAAAAGCCUUACCUUGGUCAUGGUUAGACUGAUCAGAUCUCUAAAGGGAGAGCCUUUUUUUUGCAUCUUAAAGAAAACUAGACUUGAAAGGGGUGUGUCUGGGGUAAAAAAAAAUCUGCACUACAAUAAACUCUGUAUUUUAUUUCUUC